UCUUAUGGAGUACUAGUUUAAGUAGUUUAUAUAUAUCUGCAAAAGCUGAAGAACCCUACCAUUCUCAUGAAUCAUGAUCACUGAACUGAAUAAGAAGCCAAACGAUCUGACCCCACCAACCCAAAACUAAAAACAACGCGUCCAUUAUACCACCAUCAAAAACCACCUUUCUUAAGAAAACCCUUUGUUGAAGUAGAGUGCCACUAUUGAAAGGUUGAACAAGAACAAGAACAAGAGGGAACCUAAAAGAAGGGAAAUUAACAGUGAGGAACAGUGGCCUUCUUUUUUUGUGAUGAGAAAUGAUGAUGAUGAGACCAGCUGGAAGUUUGGGGGGCUCAAGGUGUCAAGACUGUGGAAACCAAGCUAAGAAAGACUGUUUUUACAUGAGAUGCAGAACUUGUUGUAAGAGUAAAGGUUUUCAUUGUCAAACACACGUCAAGAGCACUUGGGUUCCCGCUUAUAGACGGCGACAGAGGGCUCAAGAUCUUUCUCCUGUUCAACAACACCAGCUUCAAGGACACAACCCUAAAAGGCUCAGAGAAAAUCCCUCCUCAGGUUUAGAAAUCGAGAAUUUUCCUGCUGAAGUGAACUCUACAGCCACAUUUCGUUGCUUUCGAGUGAGCUCCAUUGAUGAAGCGGUUGAUCAAGUUGCAUAUCAAACAAGGGUGAAUAUAGGAGGCCAUGUUUUUAAGGGUAUUCUCUACGAUCAAGGCCCUGAAAAUCGUUAUGACUUUGGUGAAAGCUCUUGCAGACAACUUCAAGGGCCUGAUCUCACAAAUGCAGGUGCCCUAACUCCUGCUACUACCACUUUAGCUUCAACUUCAGGUGCUGCAGAAUGUCUUGCUCGUCCUUCAUUUCCAUUUCCCCUUAAUGCUUUUAUGUCCAAUAAGCAACUUUUCCUACACCCAAAAUCUUAGGGCUCAUCAGUUUAAUUUGCGUAGCUAUCAAAAAGAAGAAGGAAAAGAGUGAAAAUGUUAAAAGAGCCCAGCUUUUUGUCAAUCAUCAAUUGAAUCUUCCUCUUCUGUUACCAUAAAUCGCUAGAUAUUCACGGUGAAGGUUGUUCUUGUGAGUAUCCAUUGAAAUAGAAAUGAA